UGUUUGUAUAAAGCCCAUAUAGCAUUACUGAAGCAAAAUCCCAGAUUUCAGGUGGAAACGCAGAAACCAGAAAGCCUUGAAAUUUCACUCUCCAAUCACCCAAAAAGCUUUUUUUACGGCGAAAUGGCCGCCGGCGGAGACCACCACCACCACGCAGAUGCGGCACACGGCGGAGAUUUCAGGGCGAAAGUGUGGAGCAUGACUGGCGGGGCCAAUUGCCGCCCCAAGCACUGGAAGCGCAACACCGCCUUCGCCAUGGCCGGCAUCUUCCUCAUCUGUAUCCCCAUCGCCAUCAAAUCCGCCCAACUAGAGCAACGCCCGCAUACCCCUGUCCGCCCGAUUCCCUCCCAGAUGUGGUGCAAAAAUUUCGGCAACAAGGACUAUUAGUUCAUUGUAAUGCUUUCUUAAGGAAUACUUUGUGGUCUUCCCCUCGUUCGUUCUGAAACCUUUUAUGUUUCUCGAACGAGCCUAUCAAACCGUAUGGCAUGUAAUAAGAAAUUACUGGAUUUGUCAUUUCGUGAUACCAAGAAAAUCUCAAGUUUCAGAUGCAAA